AUGCGGCCUCCUGCCCUCAAUCUUAAGAAUUGUAGAAUCAAGAAAGUUUUCACCAACAAUAUCAAUGAUGCCGAUGCAAGCUAUGCCUCAGGCAGCGAGCAAAGGUCUUUGGAGUUGGAAUUCGGUGGUCUCUCCCCAGCUAGACUGGCGAUGUUCAACCUCGAGGACCCUCUACCAUCACCAAUUUUGGAGCGCCCCCUGCGCAUCAGAAGCCCUAUCAGAAAUGUUUUCUCUGAAGGAUCCUCUGUCCUUCCUAUGGUGAGUAUUGUAGAUGUAUCCACUUAUUGUUUUCAAUCUUCUAUUCACUUGCUGACUUAUCUCUCUCCACUUUGCGUUUCCUCCUCCCUUUCUUCUUGGUACUCCGAAUCAUUCAAGACUCCCGACUCCUCUCGUAUUGAAUCACAAGCUUCUUCUCUCUACUAUGGACCACCAUUAGUUAUGAACCCCGAUGGUAGUGUCCAAUCACCUCAUCGAAAACCCGACCUAAUCAUCAAAGGCGGUAUCAAGAAAGUUUGCAUCACGGAACUUGCUUUAAUAGACUUGUACUUCGUCUUGCCCCCAUUCGAGCCCCUCAAGAGAGUACUCUACACUAUUCCUGAGGAGCCUGAGGAAGAAGAAAUGGUUGAGUCUAAAGACAAAGGGAAGGCCUUGGCCAACGAUGAUGAAGACUUUGAAACAGUUCCGAACUUCAUUGUCAAACCACGCUUGAAGCAUCGCGGAUUCGUGGUGGCUGAUGGUCAAGAUGUCGGAGAAGCUUUGCGACUUUGGGUAGGAAAUGAAGAAAAGCCUGAGAUUAAGACUGAAGUAGUAGAUGAAUGUCAUGCAAACGAUAUUUCUUCCUCCUCUGAAUAUGGCAAAUCAUCUGUUGAAUCCUCUAUGUGGCGAAAUACUUGGUAG